AUGUCAAAACAAAGUGGAACUCAAGCGAUUUCAGAGGAUUGCCACGCAACAACAACCAGUGGCAACCCCUACCAUCACAACACCGGUCAAACGGGAAUUUGCCGAGCAAGGCAAAGCAACAAUUGCAACAAGAUGGGGCACAUUGCUCGUUUAUGUAGAACUACCUCCCCCACUGGAGCUAGCCUAGUUUGCUAUAGUUGUGGUAAGGCAGGGCACUAUUAUAGAAAUUUUUCAAAAGAGAAGAUCAACGGAAGCAAUCGUGUCCCCGUAACUCUUACUCGACACUUCACUUCCACCACCGAUGCUGGCGCUAGCCAGAUAUGUCAUUUAUACGGUGAAAUUGGACACCUCAAGAAGGAUUGUCUAAUAGCAAAGAACUCAGGCACUGAUGGGAAGAUUCUCAGGAUCACAGCUGCAGGAGAAACUUUGACGGACCUUUGUUAG